AAGGCGGCCGGGGCUCAAGAUGGCUUUAGCCGGGCUCUGCGCCCUGCUCGCCUGCUGCUGGGGGCCGGCGGCGGUGCUGGCCACGGCCGCCGGCGACGUGGACCCAUCCAAGGAGCUGGAGUGCAAGCUCAAGAGCAUCACGGUGUCGGCGCUGCCCUUCCUGCGCGAGAACGACCUGAGCAUCAUGCACAGCCCCUCGGCCUCCGAGCCCAAGCUCCUCUUCUCGGUGCGCAACGACUUCCCGGGAGAAAUGGUCGUGGUGGACGACCUGGAAAACACGGAGCUGCCCUACUUCGUGCUGGAGAUCUCAGGAAACACAGAGGACAUCCCUCUGGUGCGCUGGAGGCAGCAGUGGCUGGAGAAUGGCACUCUGCUCUUUCACAUUCAUCACCAAGAUGGUGCUCCCAGCCUCCCUGGACAAGACCCAACUGAAGAACCCCAGCAUGAGUCAGCAGAAGAGGAAUUGAGGAUCCUGCACAUCUCAGUCAUGGGUGGCAUGAUCGCUCUCCUGCUGUCCAUCUUGUGCCUGGUGAUGAUCCUGUACACGCGUCGACGCUGGUGUAAACGUCGCCGGGUGCCCCAGCCCCAGAAGAGUGCCAGCGCUGAGGCAGCCAACGAGAUUCACUACAUUCCCUCCGUGCUGAUCGGCGGGCACGGGCGGGAGAGCCUGCGCAACGCCCGCGUGCAGGGCCACAACUCCAGUGGCACCCUGAGCAUCCGGGAGACACCCAUCCUGGACGGUUAUGAGUACGACAUCACGGACUUGCGCCACCACCUGCAGAGGGAGUGCAUGAACGGAGGGGAGGACUUUGCCAGCCAGGUCACCCGCACCCUGGACUCCCUGCAGGGCUGCAACGAGAAGGCGGGGAUGGACCUCACACCAGGAAGUGACAAUGCCAAGCUGUCGCUGAUGAAUAAGUACAAAGAUAACAUCAUCGCCACCAGCCCCGUGGAUUCCAAUCACCAGCAGGCCACCCUGCUCUCGCACACCUCCAGUAGCCAGAGAAAGCGGAUCAACAACAAGGCAAGAGCUGGUUCCGCCUUCCUGAACCCUGAAGGAGACUCUGGCACAGAGACAGAAAACGACCCCCAGCUGACUUUCUACACCGACCCCUCCAGGAGCCGGAGGCGCAGCAGAGUGGGCUCCCCCCGAAGUCCUGUGAAUAAGACCACCUUGACGCUGAUCAGCAUCACCAGCUGUGUAAUCGGUCUCGUGUGCUCGUCCCACGUCAGCUGCCCCCUCGUUGUCAAAAUCACCCUGCACGUCCCCGAGCACCUGAUCGCCGAUGGGAGCCGCUUCAUCUUGCUGGAGGGGAGCCAGCUGGAUGCCAGUGACUGGCUGAACCCAGCCCAAGUGGUGCUCUUCUCUCAGCAGAACUCCAGUGGGCCCUGGGCCAUGGACCUCUGUGCCCGGCGGCUCCUGGACCCCUGUGAACACCAGUGCGACCCCGAAACUGGUAGGCGGGAGCACCGGGCAGCGGGGGAAUGCCUUUGCUACGAAGGUUACAUGAAGGAUCCAGUACACAAGCAUCUUUGCAUUCGGAAUGAAUGGGGCACAAACCAGGGGCCUUGGCCUUACACAAUAUUUCAGCGGGGCUUUGACCUGGUUUUGGGAGAACAGCCUUCUGAUAAAAUAUUCAGAUUCACCUACACCCUUGGGGAGGGCAUGUGGUUGCCCCUCAGCAAGAGUUUUGUGAUCCCACCGGCUGAACUGGCCAUCAACCCUUCGGCAAAGUGUAAGACAGACAUGACAGUGAUGGAGGACGCUGUGGAGGUCAGAGAGGAGCUGAUGACCUCGUCCUCCUUUGACAGCCUGGAGGUUCUCUUAGAUUCCUUUGGGCCAGUGCGUGACUGCAGCAAGGAUAACGGGGGCUGCAGCAAGAACUUCCGCUGCAUCUCAGACCGCAAGCUGGACUCCACUGGUUGUGUGUGCCCGUCCGGACUGAGCCCCAUGAAGGACAGCUCUGGCUGCUACGACCGCCACAUUGGGGUGGACUGCUCAGAUGGCUUCAAUGGCGGCUGUGAGCAGCUGUGUCUCCAGCAGAUGGCGCCCUUCCCGGAUGACCCCACCUUGUACAACAUCCUCAUGUUCUGUGGGUGCAUCGAGGAUUACAAGCUUGGUGUGGAUGGACGCUCUUGCCAGCUCAUCGCGGAGACCUGCCCAGAGGGCGGUGACUGUGGGGAAAGCAGGGAGCUUCCCAUGAACCAGACCCUCUUUGGGGAAAUGUUCUUUGGUUACAACAACCAUUCCAAGGAAGUCGCUGCUGGGCAAGUGCUGAAAGGAACAUUCAGGCAAAACAACUUUGCUCGGGGUUUAGACCAGCAACUGCCAGAUGGUCUUGUGGUGGCCACUGUUCCCCUGGAGAAUCAGUGCCUGGAGGAAAUCUCAGAGCCCACCCCUGACCCCGACUUCCUGACUGGGAUGGUGAACUUCAGUGAGGUGUCUGGAUACCCUGUGCUGCAGCACUGGAAGGUCCGGUCUGUGAUGUACCACAUCAAACUCAACCAAGUGGCCGUCUCUCAGGCCCUCAGCAAUGCGCUCCACUCCCUGGAUGGAGCUACGUCUCGUGGGGAUUUUGUGGCCCUUUUGGACCAGUUUGGCAACCACUACAUCCAGGAAGCUAUCUACGGCUUUGAGGAGUCCUGUUCCAUCUGGUACCCAAACAAGCAGGUGCAGCGGCGACUCUGGCUGGAAUAUGAAGACAUCAGCAAAGGCAACUCUCCAUCCGAUGAGUCGGAGGAGCGGGAAAGAGACCCCAAGGUGCUGACGUUCCCAGAAUACAUCGCCAGCCUGUCAGAGUCUGGCACCAAGCGCAUGGCAGCUGGGGUCCGCAUGGAGUGCCAGAGCAAGGGACGAUGCCCCUCAUCCUGCCCCCUGUGUCAUGUGACAUCCAGCCCUGACACUCCUGCUGAGCCAGUUCUGCUGGAGGUGACCAGAGCAGCCCCCAUCUAUGAACUGGUGACCAACAACCAGACCCAGAGGCUCUUGCAGGAGGCCACCAUGAGCUCCCUGUGGUGCUCAGGGACUGGAGACGUCAUCGAGGACUGGUGUCGAUGUGACUCCACCGCUUUUGGAGCUGAUGGACUCCCCACCUGUGCGCCUCUCCCACAGCCUGUGCUGAGACUCUCCACGGUUCAUGAGCCCAGCAGCACCCUUGUGGUCCUAGAGUGGGAACACUCAGAGCCUCCGAUCGGGGUGCAGAUUGUAGAUUACCUCAUCCGUCAAGAAAAGGUCACUGACAGGAUGGACCACUCCAAAGUGGAGACAGAAACGGUGCUGAGCUUUGUGGACGACAUCAUCUCUGGAGCCAAGUCUCCUUGUGCCAUGCCCUCUCAGGUGCCAGACAAGCAGCUUACCACCAUCUCUCUGAUCAUUCGGUGCCUGGAACCGGACACCAUCUACAUGUUCACCCUGUGGGGCGUGGACAACACCGGACGGCGUUCCAGGCCCAGCGACGUGAUCGUAAAGACCCCUUGCCCCGUGGUGGAUGAUGUCAAAGCCCAAGAGAUAGCAGAUAAGAUCUACAAUCUCUUCAAUGGCUACACCAGUGGGAAGGAGCAACAGACGGCCUAUAACACCCUCCUGGAUCUGGGUUCUCCAACCCUACACCGAGUCCUCUACCACUACAACCAGCACUAUGAGAGUUUUGGAGAAUUCACCUGGCGGUGUGAGGAUGAACUGGGCCCCAGGAAAGCUGGCCUCAUCCUUUCCCAGCUAGGCGAUCUCAGCAGUUGGUGCAAUGGCCUCCUUCAGGAACCCAAGAUAAGCUUGCGACGUGGCUCCCUGAAGUACCUGGGCUGCCGCUACAGUGAGAUCAAGCCCUACGGACUUGACUGGUCAGAGCUCAGCCGGGACCUCAGGAAGACGUGCGAGGAGCAGACCCUGAGCGUCCCUUACAACGACUAUGGGGACAGCAAGGACAUCUAGUGCCAUGAAGCCAGAUGGUGUGGCUGCCAAAACGAAGCAGGAGAGAGGAGAGGAACAUCUGGGUUGGUUUGUGGAUUUUUAAUAUUUUUUAAUGGAACAUUAAAACCUCUAAACCAGGGAGAGGCAAUAGCUAAACCAGGGAGAAACUGAUCCUUGCUCCCGGUGGAACUUCUUUGGUAUGACAUUCUCCAUCUGCAUGGUCGGUACAGCUGCCAU